CCUCUCCCUCUUUCCCCUCCCGUUGCCAUGGUUACUGCCCUCAGAUUCUCGGUUGCCAUGGUGACCGUCAGAUAUGAUGAUUGAAGGCUUUCAUCUUUCUGCUUCUUUACUGUAACUGAUUGAUGCGGUCGAUCAGCUGAUCAGCAUCUCUGAUCGAUAACCCGUUGGUGACGUCAUUCUGCUUCCUUUUUCUGGGGGAAGUCGGGGAGAGAAUCUGCUGAUCAGCCAAUCUGAGCCCCUCCGUCCUCCGUCUGUCUGCGGGCUGCUCUUCUCUCUCCGCCUGCAGCAGCGAUGCUGUGACCGGCCUCGGAGCUCCGUCUGCGGGCUGCCAGUAGAUCAGUGGGUCGGUGCGGCUCCAUUCUCUCCGUCAUGGUGCAGAAAUCCCGGAACGGCGGGGUGUUCCCCGGAGCGCAGGCCGACCAGAAGAAGCUGAAGGUCGGCUUCGUGGGUCUGGAGGCCGGAGGGACGGAGUCCAGUCGGGACGGAGCUCUGCUGAUCGCAGGUGGGGAUGAAGGUCCUCGGCGGCAGCGCAGCAGCGUCUCUGGAGGAAAGAAACCUCCCAAACGAAACGCUCUCUACAGACGCCUGCAGAACUUCCUGUACAAUGUUCUGGAGAGACCUCGGGGAUGGGCCUUCAUCUACCACGCCUACGUGUUCCUGCUGGUGUUCUCCUGCCUGGUUCUGUCAGUGUUCUCCACCAUCAGAGAGUAUGAGAAGAGCUCUGAGGAUGCCCUCUACAUCCUGGAGGUGGUGACCAUCGUGGUGUUCGGGGUGGAGUACAUGGUGAGGAUCUGGGCUGCCGGAUGCUGCUGCAGAUAUAGAGGAUGGAGAGGAAGACUCAAGUUUGCCAGGAAACCUUUCUGUGUCAUCGACAUCAUGGUUCUGAUAGCGUCCAUCUCGGUUCUGGCAGCGGGGACUCAGGGGAACGUCUUCGCCACGUCGGCCAUCAGGUCUCUUCGGUUCCUUCAGAUUCUGAGGAUGAUCCGGAUGGACCGACGGGGAGGAACUUGGAAGUUGCUGGGCUCGGUGGUCUACGCCCACAGCAAGGAGCUGAUCACCGCCUGGUACAUCGGCUUCCUUUGCCUCAUUCUGGCCAGUUUCCUUGUUUAUUUGGCUGAAAAGGAAGACAACGAACAGUUUGAGACGUACGCUGACGCCCUCUGGUGGGGACUGAUCACCCUGACGACCAUCGGUUACGGAGACAAGUUCCCCAUCACUUGGAAUGGACGCCUGCUGGCAGCAACUUUCACUCUGAUCGGAGUUUCAUUCUUUGCUCUGCCGGCUGGUAUCUUGGGUUCUGGUUUUGCUCUGAAGGUUCAGGAGCAGCACCGACAGAAACACUUUGAGAAGAGAAGGAAUCCAGCAGCGGGACUCAUACAGGCAGCCUGGAGAGUUUACGCCACCAACCUGACGCGGACCGACCUGACCUCCACCUGGGACUACUACGAGAGGACGGUGUCGGUCCCCAUGUACAGGCUGAUUCCUCCUCUCAAUCAGCUGGACCUCCUGAGGAACCUCAAGAACAAAUCAGGACUCUCUUUCAGGAAGGACGUCCAGCCGGAACCGUCUCCAGGGCAGAAGGUCAGUCUGAAGGAGAGGGUCUUCUCAUCUCCUCGCAGUUCAGGAACCAAAGGCAAAGGUUCUCCUCAGCACGCGGUUCCUACAGUUGGACCCGGUGUUGCUCCUGGAGUCAGUCCUGGUCCAGGUGUCGGUCCGGGGGUCCCAGGAGGUCCGGCAGGGGUCCAGGCCCUGCGUCGGUCCCCCAGCAUGGAGCCCAGUCUGGACGAGAGUCCGAGCAAGGUUCCGAAGAGCUGGAGCUUCGGAGAACGCAGCAGAACCAGACAGGCCUUUAGGAUCCGAGGAGCCGCUUCCCGACAGAACUCUGAAGUGCUGAUAGAGAUGCAGGAUGAAGAAUUCAGACAGAAGAGCUCCCCAGAGGCCAGCCUGCCAGGGGAAGACAUGGCCGACGACAACAAGAGCUGCCACUGCGAGUUUGUCCCUCAGGACCUGACACCGGGGUUAAAGGUCACCAUCAGAGCCAUCUGCAUCAUGCGUUUCAUGGUCUCUAAGAGGAAGUUUAAGGAGAGUCUCCGUCCCUACGACGUCAUGGAUGUGAUAGAACAGUAUUCAGCCGGACACCUGGACAUGCUCGCUCGCAUCAAGAACCUCCAGUCCAGAGUGGAUCAGAUAGUCGGCAGAGGAACACCAAUCACAGACAAGGACCGUCCUAAAACAGCCAAUGAGGAGCUACCUGAGGACCCGAGCAUGAUGGGACGGCUGGGGAAGGUGGAGAAGCAGGUUCUGUCCAUGGAGAGGAAGCUGGACUUCCUGGUCAACAUCUACAUCCAGCGAAUGGGAAUUCCUCAGGCUGAGACUGACGCCUACUUUGGAUCCAAAGAACCUGACCCGGCACCACCGUACCACAGUCCAGUGGACCAGCUGGAGAAGAGCCAGUCCAUCUCCAAGAUCAUGCAGGUGCUACCCGGUGACCAUGCAGAGAAGACCCGGUUCGUGACGAAAAUGGUCCGCUCCAGCAGUUCCACCGGACACAGGAACUACAGUGCCCCCUCCUGCCCGCCCUCCACCUCCUGGCAGCCAAUCAGCUCCCAGCUCCACCAGCAGGCCCCGCCCCCUCCCCAGCGUAGCCACGGUAACACUCCGAGUCCGGUGGGGGACGGCUCUCUGGUCCGACUGCCCCCUCCUCCAGCCGGAGAGCGACACGGCGGGAACCGAUCGAACCGACACAGCACCGGAGAACGAGGUGGGAUGGACCGAGCCGAGAGGGGGGGGGAGGGGAGUAACGACCAGGGGAGGGGAGGGAGGGGGGAAGAGGUGAAGCCCGACAGCGACGCCUCCAUCUCCAUCCCAUCGGUGGACCACGAGGAGCUGGAACGUUCCUUCAGCGGGUUCUCCAUCUCCCAGUCCAGAGAGAACCUGGACUUCCUCAACAAUGGGUUCUACGCCGCCAGCAGCCGUGGUGGUGGCGGCACCACCCGCUGCGCCACCGUGCGACCGUACAUCGCAGAGGGGGAGUCAGACUCUGACUCUGAGCUCUGCGCACCUUCACCACACUCGGACCAGGCCUGGACCGGAACCAAGUAGAGCCAAAGGCCCAGAACUCAACCAGCAGAACAAUAAAGAACACGUGAAAACUGAAGCCUGUCUCAGACUCUAAACACCAGCUGGAGGGGUGGAGUGAAGCAUCAUGGGAACCGACGGCACUCAGCAGCCGCCGUGUGAUUGGUUUGAAUGUUUGAAUCUGUACAGCUAAUGUUUGUCCUCCCGUCACUGAUUGGUUCACUGCUGGGACGUGGUCUCCCCGAUUGGCUGCUUGUUUCCAUGUAGAUGCACUAUAACCAUUGUUGUCCCUGUUCCAUUUAUUUAUUGGGUCUGAAGGAAGUUCAUGCAUGUAUGACACGCACAUUGCCAUGUCAACAGACGGUGCUGCUGUCACAAGCACAGACUCACCUGUGAGGUCGUCUUCUGUCAGCAGCUUCGUUUUUCUUCUCAAACAAACAAGCAUCCCAUAAUGUUCAAGUACAGGACAUAGUUACACAGCAGGAAACAGGGCUCUGAAAUGUCAGCAGAAUGAUUCCAGCUGUAUCACCAGUAAUCAGAUUACUUCUACAGCUCUGAUGUCACAUUUAAACCUUUAGAUUCCAGAACUUAAACAGUCCAGCUUUCAUUUCUGCAGUCAUCAUACCGCCACCUCCAUGCUUCACCGUCAGGACCAUCCAUCCACUGUGGUAGUCCUGGUCAGGUUCUCACCAAACAUCUGGACUCCAUCUGAGCCCAACUCAUUGAUCUUCAUCUGACCAAAGAAUGUUCUCCAGCAUCCAUCAGGCUUCUUCUCAUGUUUUUCAUCUGGAAGUUUAGCUCUGAGCAGCAGCCAGGUUUAGUUCUGGUCCUCUGUCCAUAGAGGUUGAUGUUCUGAAGGUUCCUUCACACUGUCUGAGCUUCACACUAACUCUGGUUUCCAUGGAGAACCCCUGAACCAAGUCUGAAGCAGCUGAUGUCUGUUUUUACAGCUGGAUGGAGAAAGUAGUUCACUGUCUGUGGAGUCAUUUUAGGAGCUCUGAUUAGUGGAACUAUGACUCCUUCUAGACCUCCUGAUUAGUGGUACUAGACCUCUGAUAAUGCAGGAACUAUGACUCCUCAGAUGUUUCUCUUCCUCUUUUCAGUUCUUCUCCAUGUGGAGCCAUGAUGCAGACAUAGAUAGAUCCAGUCCAUAGGUCCAGGACUGAGAAGGUUCUGCUGUUCUCAGCUCCUAUUAGAACCAUGUUCAUCAGUUAGACUGACUGGAAUCACAGCUGGACUCUCUUUGGUUCUCUGAGGUUCUACUUUGGGCAUGGGUUUUAAUCUAGCCUUUAUAAAGUGUUUUUGUUCUUCAUUGGAGGAGAUCUUCUGCUGUUCUACUGAGGAUUAAACAACACAGUUACUGAAGGGGAUACAGUUUAGAAUCAGUUGACGUUUCAGGGUUAUUUCUCAGGUCUGUCCUCUGUUCUGGUUUCUAUCUGAGCAGCAAACAGCAAAAACUGAAAUGUAGAUUUGACCAAAGUAAAACGGGAAUAAACAGAAAACAGCUAAAUGUGUAAAGAGCUGGUAGAGAAAAUCCUCCAUGAGAAGGUUGUUGAAAAAACAUCGAUCAGCUGCAACAUUCAAACCACCACACUGAUCAUCUCAUCAAAACGUUCUGCUGGAGAACCUUCAUGUGGAUGGUUCUCCUCCAGCAGAACAUCAGGCCCAGGGGUUGAUGUUACAGGAUAACAUCAACAUUGUCUGCAGGUUAGCACUCAGGCUAAUUCUAACACAGGCUAACAUCAACACUGACUGACCUCUAGCAUCCCCCCCAAAUCUGAUUGAGUAUCAACCGGAACCAGUCCGACCCAAGGAGGUUCCACCCCACAACCCUCAGAACCCAAAGGAUCCACUGGUUCCAGAUACCACAGAACCCCUCUAGAGAUUCUGUGUCCAAACUCUGAUGGGUGGGAGCUGCGGUAGUGGCACCAGGAGAACCUUCCAGAAGAACCACUUCAGCCUGGGUUCUGUGAAUGUCCCUGCAUCUGUGGGGUUGUUGAAUGUUGCUGCCGAUCGGUGCAUAUUAUGGGAUGGAGAAUGUGAAGGUCGGUUUAAUUCUUCACGUUCUCAGCUCGUUUCUGGAACCUGAAGAUGAACAGACCUGUUGCAUAGUUACCGUUGCUAAGGUGUGAUUGGACAGCGCUGACAAAUCAGAAGCCGAUAACCGUGAGCAUGUUUCCGUCCCACUGAGGAGUCGUUCGUAUGUAAAUAAGAUGUUCUCACCACGGUAGAACCGAGCCACAGGAACGCUGGGCGGUAGAACUGAAGGGUUGGCAUGUUGUGUGUCCAGCAGGGGGCGCCAGCAGCACCAACCAGAACACUCAGAGUCCCUUUUACUUCCACAGUUCUGAUGAGAUCAAAAUAACGGCUUAUUAUUCUUCUUACUUUCAGCCCAGCUGCCCUCAUAAAGUCUGAUUGGUCACCUGAUGAGUUCGCUCUCUCUUGAUUGGCUCCUGAAAGUGACCUGUCGUCCGGCUGUCAUUGGUUUGAAUGUAGAAACUUUAUUUGCUGUUUAUGUGGACUGUUCUUUGUCCUCGUUGUUUCUUUCUGUCCAGACAAAGAAAAGACAGAAACUCUUUGUUUUGUAAUGCGUGUUUUUUCAGGAACUAAUUUUCGAUAAAUUUUCAGACUUUGGUCCUCAUUAGAAGCCGUUCCUCUUUACUGUUUGUUAAUAUUCGGCUGAAUAUCAGGCCGCUUGUUGUGUUUUGGACAGAAAUGCGUCCAGGUGAACCUCUUGUUCCUGUUGACUGUAUUUCAACAUGAAAUAAAAUCUCCUUAACCAGUUAAA